GCCUGCGGGUCCGUGCGCUCAGCUGCGAUGGUGCCGAGCAGCAAAGGCGGCCCAUCUUGCUGGUCUCGACUUGUUGGUGAGGAGGCGCGGAACGGAAGCGGUGCUAUGUGGAUGGGGACGGAGAAGCGGAGGUGAAAGUCCGGUGUGGGGAGAAACAGAGUGAAUGAAAACUGAAGAAGAGGGGACAGCGAUCAGUGGAGCAAUGGAUUCGGCUAUUGCUGUCUUUGAAGACUCGGAGAAAUUGAAUUCUACUGGAGAUGUGAACGACUCCAACAAUGAGGUCUACACUCGCUUUAUGAAGUCGCACAGAUGCUAUGAUCUUGUUCCCACCAGUUCCAAACUUGUGGUAUUUGAUACUUCCCUGCAGGUGAAGAAGGCUUUCUUUGCUCUGGUUUCAAAUGGUGUCCGUGCUGCCCCACUCUGGGAUAGCAAAACACAAAGCUUUGUGGGCAUGCUCACAAUCACCGAUUUCAUUAACAUUUUACACCGAUACUACAAGUCGCCGCUGGUUCAGAUUUAUGAACUGGAGGAACACAAAAUAGAAACGUGGCGAGAGGUUUACUUGCAGGAUUCAUUUAAACCCUUGGUGAGCAUCUCUCCAAAUGCCAGCUUGUACGAUGCAGUUUCAUCGCUAAUCAAGAACAAAAUCCACCGUCUUCCAGUCGUCGAUCCGUUGACAGGGAACACACUCUACAUUCUCACACACAAGCGCAUCCUAAAGUUUCUCAAACUCUUUAUCUCAGAGAUGCCCAAACCAGAUUUUAUGUCUGAAACGCUGGAAGAGUUGAACAUUGGAACAUACAAGAACAUUGCAGUGGUGAACAAAAAUACUCCCAUUUAUGUGGCUUUGGGAAUCUUUGUGGAAAAAAGAGUAUCUGCGUUGCCUGUUGUGGAUGAAUCUGGGCGAGUCGGAGAUAUCUACUCUAAGUUUGAUGUCAUUAAUCUUGCUGCAGAGAAGACCUACAACAACCUGGAUAUUACUGUAACAAAAGCACUACUGCACCGCUCUCAGUACUUUGAAGGGGUACUGAAGUGUUACAAGCAUGAAACCCUUGAAACGAUUAUCAAUCGGCUUGUGGAGGCAGAGGUUCAUCGGUUAGUGGUAGUUGAUGAUCAUGAUGUGGUAAAGGGGAUUGUCUCACUCUCUGAUAUUCUACAGGCACUGGUGCUGACUGGAGGAGGUAAUUCUUCCAAGCUUGGACAGUGAAAGAUGUGCAUAAAAUCUACCUGUAAGAUCGACCCCACAUUGAGACCUCACCGGCCUGGAAAUCUUUUGUCCAAGGAUAUGCACCCAUGGUGGCACAAUGGUUUUUCACCAGCGCAGUGCUGUUUCAUAAAACAGAGAAGGACCCUGGCUACUGCUCAGUAUUGCCAUUUUGAUUGAAAUUUGAACUGUUUCUGCACCUUUCUGCAUAAAGCCAUUGACUUCUGUGCCCACUGAAAUGAUACUGCAGGUCAGGUCAAAGGAACUGAAUCUUUCGUUCUUAUUAUCCCAUCCUACCUCAGAUGGAUAGCUAUGAGAAGUCUAUUAAUAGGACUGGUUAUUUCAUUUUCUGAGCAUGACUUUUUUUUUGUACUUUGAUUUAAGUUUGAUUAUCUGUUCAAUGCUUAAUAUUAUCCAAUUUAUGUAACCAGAACAGCUUGAAACAGUGACACUACUCCUGUUAUUCACUGCUUUUACUCAAAUGUGUUUAAAAUUCUGAGCAAUACAGACAUAAUUACUGAAAAACAGGUUACAGAAAUACUGUGUAAUUGUCUUUUUGACUGAGGUGUUGGACAAGUUCAGUACCUAAUUUAUCAGACACCCACUUCCAAAAAAAAACCUGUUUUUGAUGUAUUCUUUUAUCCUUUGCAAUGUGAUGUCAUUCACACCAAAAGAUUGCAAGUGGUUAUCUUAACGGUUUGAUUUGCACGGUUAGAUUAUUUUUGCACUUCUGGCUAAAACACUUUUAAGGAUCUGUGCCUCGCCUUCCUGGAGCCUCUCCCUUCAAAUCCAGUUAAGAGACUGCAUUUCAAUUUCAAGUAUUCCUUCCAACAGUGGAAUUCCAUUGAAAGUUUCUGCAGUGAUAUCACAUCUUAAAAUCACUUGCUAUUUAAGGCAGCUUUUAAUUUCAGAUGGUCCUGUUCUGAAGUGGACCAAAUGGAGUUUGGCUUUUCAAAGCUACAACCACUGGGAAGAAUGUCCAGCCUAACACCUCAAAAGUCUGAAGACAAAAGCAAAUAUCAAAUUGGUUGUCAUGAUACUUAAACAAAUAAAUUGUAUUUCUUCAUUCCUUGGAAAAUGGUGAUUAUACAUGCUUUAAUUCUGGGCUGGAGUCUCAUUUUUGUCACAGAUUUUUUCCAUAUCAUUUUAUUGCUUAUGGAUUUGAGUGUCAGAAACUGGUUUAUUUUUCAUUUCUACAAACAAAACCAAAUCUGAAUGAAGAUUGAUUUAUUGAUUUUUGAUGUCAGACUCCUGGAAUAUUGUUGCACCGGGGUUGGAAGUGUUGCUGAUCGUUGGAACAUCAAUUGGGACAAUGGUUUCUUUUAUUACCUUGAAUUCUAGUUGGACCCAGAGCGCACACAUGUGUAAGCCUCACACUACACCACUCAUGAGAUGUAGCUUUGAUCCAGUUGUGUGCAGUGUGUAUGGUAGUAUUCUGUGCUGAUUUUUUUUUUUCUUUUGAUUAGGUGGUAGUUUGCAAGUUGGUGGUUGUGGCUGGAAUUUUGGACUUUCCGAAAUGGCAACGCAGAUGUUCCAAUGUAGUUGGGUACUUUAGUUUCUUUUAGUCAUGUAUUUUGGUAAGACAAUGCCUAAGCGGAGAGAGUCAGGAAUUCUGAUGUAAGACAAAGGCAGAAGCCCAAAUUGUUUAGACUGAAAUCUGAUAUCAUCAUAGCUGCAGUUGUGAAUCAGCUAAAUACCAGAUUAGUCUGUGCUGAAGGUGCAAGGGAACCUAAUUCUUACAGCUGUAAUAGCCUGAUGCAUGGUGUGUAGUUUUCUAUUACCGUCAAACCCCACCAUGCACCACCACCACACCGCCACCGCCCCCCCCCCCCAAAAAAAAGCAUUAAGCAAUAUGGAUUCACUCCACCAAGCACUCUGCUGGAAUGAGACACAAAGUUAACUUCACAUUUGUAAGUUGAUUGUAAUUAAUAGGAAAAAAUUAUGGGUAUUUUCUAUGCUGCAGGUGCAAAUGUAGGUUGAGUAAUGUUGAUGCCAGUCAUUCUCCUGACAUGGUUAUAUUGUCCUUGUACAGCAAUAAAUUACUGUAAACGUACAGCAUGAAUUUUGAAUCUACUUUGUUGAGGGGAUUAUACUGUAAGUAUCAAAAGUGAAGUAGAACAAAUUUUGUAAAACCAGCCUUUGGUGUGUAACCUUUAGACUUCAAAAAGCCCCAAGCCUCUCAGAUCUUGUCAAGGCAACCACGUGAUAUUAUUUCUUCCCAAUUUUUUCCCUGCUUUCUACUCCCAACUCCUGAAGAUGUUGCCUCUUUCUAGAGUGUGGUGCUAGCUGCCUUUGCCCAAGUGACCGUUCUUCAUGUGCGAGCUAGUGGUGGGCUUUUCACAGCCAAAGCCAUUCUUGUCCCUGCCUCACAGCGCUCUGGAUGUCCCUACACCCCCAAGCACUGCGAAGGUUCAAGAAGACAGCUCACCACCACUUUCUCCAGAACAAUCAGGGACUGGCAGUAAAUGCUGUAGCUAGUGACAGCCACAUCCCAUGCACAAAAUUUUUAAAAAAUUCAGGGUGCAUUUUUCCCCUUUCCUAUCCAAAGUGUAUAGCAUCCUGCUGGAUUUUAACAAAGCUUGACUGUUCGAUUCAUAAAUUUUUAAAUUUAUAAUAUGGCCCAUUUGUGGCACAAUAGAAAUGUAUCUUUGGAAAGAAUAUAGUCUUUUUCAACUACACCCCAUGCAGAUAUUCCAGUUUUGACUGCUUAAUUCUGGAAAGUCUGCACAGCAAGGCUUCUCCAAAGGAAGUUGUUCACGAUUGCUGAAACCAGUGCAUUGUCCACUGGAGUGGACAAUCACCAGCAGCAGUUCUACAGGCAAUCAUGAAAAUAAUCAGUGUUGGGUUUACAAAUGACUGAUUACAUGUAUUCAUUGGGACACGACUUAAAUUGGCAGCAUUUCAUGUCAUAUUUAACUGUUAUGUCAUGGUGAUGAUGUCACUAAAGAAGAAAGGCAUUUUCUGACCACAGGAGAUCUCAAAGUGCUUUACGAAUAAUUAAGUACUUUUGACGUAUUAGUUUUUACAUAACCUAGAUAGAGGCCCACACCAGCUAUUGAGGAUUUGCUAAGUUUCCAUGCUGAUCUGUUCCUGUUGUGGGGCAUCUUAUUCCUUAGAUACCAAAACGUUUGAACUCCUAAUGGUAAUUGCAGAUCAGAAAUAAAAUGGGAAAUUAGUGGCAAAAAUCGACAUUUCUAGGUUAAAAGAAUUUCUGUCCUUUUUUUUUGUAAUUUGUUCCUCCUCAUUUCCUCCCUCUCUUCCGGCCUUGUGUUGCUGCUGCUUCCUGUUGCCACAGCGAUUCUUGCAUGGGCCUCCAGCUGUCCUGCUGGGCAAGAUGAACAAGCUCAUCAGUUUUUGGGUCUAAACCAAUAGUGAUGCGAUUGAUGAAUAAUUGUAAAUGUUUUCAAGUUCCAUUCAGUGUGGAGUCCGAAGGGACAGCAAGAGAGUACCAAAGUUGAGCAGAAGAGUCCAUUUAACAUGUUUUGAGUAUUGGCAGGGGGAGGAAAAUCUUUUUCUUAAUAUGCGAAGGAAACUCCCUCCCAUCCUUGUAACAUCUGUUUCCUGAAAUAAACUUGCCAAUUCUGUGCCACUUAUGCAUUGCUUUGUAGAUUGUCUGAAUUCUGUUUUUAAACCGUUCUGUGUUUUGUUAAAUGGUUUCAUAUUUUGCUGAAUGUGGUUUGUUCAUUAAUGUAAUACAACUGAGUUGCAUUUUAAAAAAGAUAAUUGCAAUGGAAUCAGUGUGAACUUAAAGUGCCGUGGUUAUUUCUUCAUGGAGUCUAAAUGGUAUUUAUCCCGAUCAUAGUCCACACACCUCUCUAGUAGAAUAGUCUUUGCACUCUUUUUGCAUUUCCUUGUGAAGAUUUGAAAUCUCACUGAAAGAAGUAUUGAUUGUAUCAUCAGCAAAACUAAAAUAAAAUGCUUCAAAACAUGGG